AUGAACAAUGUCAUGGACACGUUGUACUGCGCUAAAAAUUACAUGAUCGAUAAACUGAGUCGAGCCUGCCGGGAUUACGUGCAGUCGCAUCUCAGUGCGGAUUACGCAUGCGAUAUCUUCCAACAGCGAUUUACGAUCAAGUAUGCCGUGUCUGGAUAUGCCUUGCGUGAAGUGCUCGGCACCAUCUUUCACUCCAUCCGCUUCCCUUUAUUCACGGCGUCUCAAUUAGCUGAUGGCCCGGUAGCAGACGAAGUAUUCGACGAUAAAGAGAGCAUUGGUCUAUUUCGCCAUAUUUGUGCAAAGGUCAAACCCGAGAUCCCAUUCAUAACGGAACCACGCCUAUCGAUCCGCAGCCGAAUUAAAGUCGCAUUCGGUGUUUACGCGACAAAUUUUGGAAAUGAUUCGGAGUUUGUUGGCAACGUGGUGAUAGAACUGCGGCCUGAUCUCGCUCCCGAAUGCUGUCGGUUCCUGGUAGAGCAGAUUCAGAGCGAAAGCUACCAUAUUGCUGUCGCCACCGGCUCGGUGAAAAUGAGCAACGAUCACGAAGAGAAUAUAAUAUUAGGUCAAAGUGUGGUGGAGGAACAGAGUGUACUGUCGCCAACGAUUCCCGGUGCGGUGUGGUACGAAUGGAGCACGGAACCCGAUGAUGCGGGCAAUGAAAAUUACGUUGACCUUCACAUUGUCACAUUGUCACGAUACAGGCGGAGUGACCGCAGUUGUGCUUUUGGGAGGGUAGUCGAAGGGCUGGAUAUUUCAACGUCCUUCGAAAGUUUUCAGCGGACAAUGGAUCUGAUGUUAGGCAAAUGGUAUCACUGUAGAACAGCGGACUGGUGUGUUAUGGAAGACAGUCCAGAUGCUAGCAGUCGGGAGAAUUCGGAUACGGAAAGCGACUCUGAUUCCGACUGAACUGGACUAAAUUCCUUGGAAGAGCCGUCAGUACACUUGUCGGACAUCUCGGUUUACGAGGAUGUUGCUUACGGAAAUUCGGUCGCCGUUCCCAACCACCACCACCAGAAAAUCACCAUUGAAAGCAUUAAUCUAACUAAUUCAUCACGAAUCACAGUAUGAGUAAUCAUGCUUAGACUAAUUUUUAAAAAAAAUUAUAACAAUUAUAAGGACAUUAUGAGUGUGUUUUGUACAUGGAUUGACCUAAUGAACAAUGCUGCAUCGUUUUGGCUUUCUGAAUCUAUUUGUAUGUAAACUGCGCCAAAUCAAGUUGGCAGUAUCCUUGGAAUCGCUCCAGUGUUACAGGUGCAUCUGCAAAAUGACAAAACGUUCACAUAACGGUGCCAACGCCAGCUUUUUUGCUGUUCGUCGAAAAUAAUGGCACUCUAAACAUUUGCUUAAAACAACAAAGCGUUCACUUACUAAACUGAAACCAAUCAUUCCCUUUCUUUGUCUCAUCCAGAGCUGCAUU